AUGCUUGAGUGCAGAGCGUGCAAAAGUAUAUUUCGGAGUUUCGUCAAUUUCUUCCCCCACAAGCGGGGGUUUUGCAGAAUGGAAAGUCAGGAAAGCAAUGAAAGCUCACUGCCUUCAUCUCCAAAGAAGAUAGGACUUCGACGCAUGAAUAUAGCGAAGCAUGUUUUCAAGAAAAUUGAAGUCAUUGAGAUAACAGGCGACGAUCCUUCCGCUUUGGCGUUCGUCCACACUCUUCCAAGUCAUCGCCGGGAAGCUGCAGCAGAUCGUGAUGGCACGCAACGGAUCUUUUUACCUACUAUGAUGUACGACGGUUCCGAUAUACCCCCGGAUAGAGUUUUACUCCCACGGCUUCAGGUCAAUGCGGCUAGGUAA